CCGCCAUCUGAGGAGAACGAAGGGCGCUGGCUCACCGCUGUUCAAUCAAAAUAAGAUUUUUGCUUGAUUAAGUCGGGCCAGAAAUCAAACAGAAUGGCUUAUAAGGAUUCUGGCAAAGUUCCCACUGAGGAGGCUCAGAUUCAUCGUAUCCGAAUCACUCUGACAAGUCGCAAUGUAAAAAGUCUUGAAAAAGUGUGUGCUGAUCUGAUAAAGGGGGCUAAGGAGAAGCAGCUAAAGGUUAAAGGCCCUGUGCGCAUGCCCACGAAAAUUUUGAGGAUAACCACCCGUAAAACUCCCUGUGGAGAAGGAUCCAAGACUUGGGAUCGAUACCAGAUGAGGAUACACAAGAGGCUCAUUGAUCUUCACAGCCCCUCAGAAAUUGUCAAACAGAUUACCUCCAUCAGCAUCGAACCAGGUGUGGAAGUGGAAGUAACCAUUGCUGAUGCAUGAAUGGGAAGUAACCAGGGUCUCUCCAUUUUGAAACAGGAAUAAAAGUUUAA